UCGGGUACCGGUGAUUCUAGUCAUCAUUUUACCUAUGGCGGCAUUGGGAGCGACAUUAAUAAUGGUCCCAGAUACUCAACAGCUAAACACGCGUUGACGAACAGUAUGAGGCAGGUUGCACGAUAAACCAUAGUAACAAUACCCGGUUUAAACCAAGGGCAACAUAAUAUCAACGACAUCACAAAAUCAAUGAAACCGUUCGAGAGAAAACUGAAAAUAACAAAGUUCGAUGCCAACGGAUAAAAUGCAAGGGAAUCGUUUAUGAAAAAAAAAAAAAAAAAACAAAAACAAAAAAACACGUCAUCAAUACUGCAGUGUAAGGAGAAAUUGCAAUAACACCACCAUUAUAGCAACAACUUUACUAUCAACUACUAUUAGAAAUGCAUCAAAUGCAACUCGGUAAAGUCUUGCUAGUCAGAUAUAUGAGAAUUUUGUGAUAAACUGUGUCCGAUAGUGUUACACGGUAAAACCGCAACAAGCCAGUUAUCCGGAAAUUAUGCAACCUCGUCUGUCGCUGAAUGGCAAUUUACGGCAUUUGGUACCUUCACCAGGACCGUUAUGUCGUGAUCAUAGCUCACGUUCUAUACAGCCAUUGACUGCUAAUGAGCAACAAAUGGCUGAACUGGAUGGUAGUUUCUAUAGCAAUAUAACACGUACCACCUGUUUGGAUGGCGACACCAUACGCCUCAACGCAACAGAAUAUGAUAUUAAUGCAACAACAAAUGUCGUUGAUACAAAUAAUAGCUAUGGUUUUGGUGCCGGCGGUGGUGGUGGUGGUGGUAGUGGUGGUGGUCAAAUUCAUAAUAUUGGAGGUAUUGGAAGAGGUAAUAGUGGUGGCUCUGGUGGUUUUCACACAACUGAAUUUUCCAUUACGCCAAGUUUAACUGGUGGCGAUGACCAAUGCAUUGAUUUGGGCAGUGUGCGACGAUUCUCUAUCGAUCGCCACAGCUAUUUGGAUCUAGGAUCCAAAUUUGGCAUGUCACAGCCCAAAUUUGGCCAAAGUGUUUCACAACAAGGUUUCUUUACAUCGCAUGAUAGUCUUGCCACACCAUGUGCGUCACGAGCAUCAAAUCCGCAUGUGGCCACAGUAAGCACUGCCUCCGACAUGGACUUAUUAUACAACAAACAGGCCAGACGAAAAUCGCGUGGACGACUGAAAGAUAUGACAACAAGCGAUGCACCUUUAUUGGGUUCGUGGAAUCGUUCAACGAAUCGUGGCUCUCAGGAUAACCCCUUGAUGGGCAGUCAUAACUUUAGUGGGAAUUUUUGUAACGGUACUGAUCGUUCAUUACGCACGCGCUCUGGCACUUCAACGACCACCACACAACAUCAUCAGCAUUCGCAUCAUCAGUAUACCCUACAACACUCUACCUCCUCUGCGCAUGCACGCCACCAACAGCAUCAGCUGCAAUUGCAACAACAACAGCAGCUACAGCAACAGCAACACCCACAUCAUCAGCAACAUUCGUCAUCAUUAACAGGCCAACAAACGCAAUCGCAUACGCAAAAGAAAUUGCAUCGUACGCCAUCACGACGCCUGCGUGCUGCACGAAAAUUAUACUUUGUUUUCGAUCCAGCGGGGCGUCUAUGUUAUUAUUGGUCGAUGGUCGUAUCUUUGGCGUUUCUUUACAAUUUCUGGGUUAUCAUCUAUCGUUUUGCCUUUCAAGAGAUUAAUCGUCGCACGAUAGUUGUGUGGUUUUGCUUGGAUUAUUUUUCCGAUUUUUUAUAUCUUAUUGAUAUAUUUUUUCAUUUUCGCACGGGUUAUCUGGAAGAUGGCGUACUGCAAACGGAUGCGAUGAAAUUGCGACAACAUUAUAUGAAUUCGACCACAUUUUACAUAGAUUGCCUAUGUUUGCUGCCAUUGGAUUUUUUAUAUUUAUCGAUAGGUUUCAAUUCGAUAUUACGUUCGUUUCGUUUAGUGAAAAUCUAUCGAUUUUGGGCAUUUAUGGAUCGCACCGAACGUCACACGAACUAUCCAAAUUUAUUUCGUUCGUUAGCGCUCAUACACUAUUUACUUGUGAUAUUCCAUUGGAACGGGUGUCUCUAUCAUAUUAUACAUAAGAAUAACGGUUUCGGUUCGCGGAAUUGGGUCUAUCACGAUUCGGAAUCGGCCGAUGUAGUUAAACAAUAUUUACAAAGUUAUUAUUGGUGUACGUUAGCUUUAACAACGAUCGGUGACUUACCGAAGCCACGAUCGAAAGGUGAAUAUGUGUUUGUGAUAUUACAAUUGCUAUUCGGACUGAUGCUGUUCGCCACCGUUCUGGGGCAUGUUGCAAACAUUGUGACAUCAGUGAGUGCGGCACGCAAAGAAUUUCAAGCCAAACUUGAUGGUGUUAAGACGUAUAUGCGUAUGCGAAGAGUACCGAAUCACUUGCAGGUGAAAGUUAUUAAAUGGUUCGACUAUCUGUGGCUAACACAAAAAUGUUCCGAUGAGGAGCGUGCCGUAUCCUGUCUUCCUGAUAAAUUAAAGGCUGAAAUAGCAAUUAACGUCCAUUUAGAUACACUUAAGCGAGUUGAAAUAUUUCAAAACACCGAAGCUGGUUUCCUGUGCGAAUUGGUGCUAAGACUGCGUCCAGUAUUAUUCUCACCUGGUGAUUAUAUAUGCCGUAAAGGAGAAGUGGGCAAAGAGAUGUAUAUUGUCAAUCGCGGACGACUGCAGGUGGUAGCUGAUAAUGGUAAAACCGUGAUGGCUUCAUUGAAGGCAGGUUCCUAUUUCGGAGAGAUUAGCAUAUUGAAUAUGGGCACAGCAGUCUUUGUCGUGUUUCUUUCACCAUAUUGCUCAUUAGGUAACCGACGCACUGCCUCAGUACGCUCAGUGGGAUAUAGUGAUCUAUUUGUACUUAGCAAAAAGGAUAUGUGGGAUGUUUUGAAGGAGUAUCCAGCUGCUCGUGUAAGACUGGAAGCAAUUGCUGUAAAACGUCUAGAAAAGUACAAGAAAGCACCCCUAGAGAAAGUACAAUACUUUAAUACAGUUGCCAUGGGACGUUGCCAAUCGACACCUGGUUUGGUAGAGAGUUGUGGUCGCACCACUUUGGAAGAUAUGUACUUACCGCCACCAUCAGUACCGCUAGUGCCACAUUCAAUGCAACAAUUGUCACGUCACGAAUAUCAGUUGCAACAACAAACGCAAAGCUUGGCCUAUAGUCGAGCACCUAGUCCGCGCACAUCACAAACUUAUACUGAACGUAUUAUACGUACAGUUGAAUCUCCGGGCUCUAUGAGUCCCAGUGUACAUAGUUCGGAUGACAGACCUCGCAGUCGAGCAACCUCGCAUCAUUCCACACGCCCGCAAUCACAGCCAAGUAGAACAGGAAACAUUUGUGACUCUAGUAUACAUUUAGAAUGUUACGGAACCGGCACUUCGGCAACAAGUGGUGGUGGGGGAGGCACUACUCCACUUCUGGGAUCACAUGAAGCCUUGGAAGAUGAAAUUAAACGUUUAAGGGAACGUCUGCAUACGGUGGAAUCGGAAAAUCAGGCUCUUAACACUAAACUCUCGCAACAACAGUGGAAUCUAGAGAAUCGUUUAGCUGAAAUUGAAAUGCAAAUAUGUCGGGUAUCAUCGACAUCAAGCCUCGAUCCGGAACAUGAGGCCGAGGAGAUGGAACGUAAUCGAGAAAGCAUCAUAUAACACGGGAGCGAGCUGCCCCAUCAGCCGAUCGAUCUCAGUAGAAGCAUAUAAACCACACAAAAUCCUUGAAACUCUAAAUGUUGUUUAUUGAUAUUGUUAUAUACAACACAUACGAAUAAUUAUAAUAGGACCGAUAAGAUAUAAAUACUGAACAAACGACCAAACGAUAUACAAAAGAAAACCAAAAAAAAUUAAAAAAAGGAAGAAAGAAAAACAAAGCCAAAAAAAAACAAAAAACCAAAAACGAAAAACGAAUUUAACCCGCGUUUGUAUGUCAUUAUAUUUUAAUUCAUUUCCGAAUUCUUUUGUAUGAAUGAAUGUAUAUAAUAUAAUAUCUAGAUGUUCUUCUUCUUCAUUCUUCUUCUUAUUCUUCUUCGUAUGAGUGCGUGUAUUUGUAUAAAGUGAAACAAUGAAAAUGCGAAAACGAUAAUGAAGAUAAAAACAUUUUUUCAUACAAAACUCUAAAAUAAUAAUUUUUCCCUACAAGAAAAGAAGAACGACAGUAACAACUAAAAGAAUUUUACAUCAUUUGCCAAUUAUUAUCGUUGUUAUUAUUUCAUAAAUUAUACAACAACAACAACAACAACAACAACA